AAUCACGGAAGGCCGCAGGCCUGGAGCUCCGCACGCCAGCCUGUGGCGGGUCUUCCCCGCCUCUGCAGCCUAGUGGGAAGGAGGUGGGAGGAAAGAAGGAAGAAAGGGAGGGAGGGAGGGAGGAGGCAGGCCAGAGGGAGGGACCGCCUCGGAGGCAGAAGCGCCGCGAGGAGCCAGCGGAGCACCGCGGGCUGGGGCGCAGCCACCCGCCGCUCCUCGAGUCCCCUCGCCCCUUUCCCUUCGUGCCCCCCGGCAGCCUCCAGCGUCCGUCCCCAGGCAGCAUGGUGAGGUCUGCUCCCGGACCCUCGCCACCAUGUACGUGAGCUACCUCCUGGACAAGGACGUGAGCAUGUACCCUAGCUCCGUGCGCCACUCUGGCGGCCUCAAUCUGGCGCCGCAGAACUUCGUCAGCCCCCCGCAGUACCCGGACUACGGCGGUUACCACGUGGCGGCCGCGGCUGCAGCGGCAGCGAACUUGGACAGCGCGCAGUCCCCGGGGCCAUCCUGGCCGGCAGCGUAUGGCGCCCCACUCCGGGAGGACUGGAAUGGCUACGCGCCCGGAGGCGCCGCAGCCGCCGCCAACGCCGUGGCUCACGGCCUCAACGGGGGCUCCCCCGCCGCAGCCAUGGGCUACAGCAGCCCCGCAGACUACCAGCCGCACCACCAUCCGCAUCACCACCCGCACCACCCGGCCGCCGCGCCUUCCUGCGCUUCUGGGCUGCUGCAAACGCUCAACCCCGGGCCUCCUGGGCCCGCCGCCACCGCUGCCGCCGAGCAGCUGUCCCCCGGCGGCCAGCGGCGGAACCUGUGCGAGUGGAUGCGGAAGCCGGCGCAGCAGUCCCUCGGCAGCCAAGUGAAAACCAGGACGAAAGACAAAUAUCGAGUGGUGUACACGGACCACCAGCGGCUGGAGCUGGAGAAGGAGUUUCACUACAGUCGCUACAUCACCAUCCGGAGGAAAGCCGAGCUAGCCGCCACGCUGGGGCUCUCUGAGAGGCAGGUUAAAAUCUGGUUUCAGAACCGCAGAGCAAAGGAGAGGAAAAUCAACAAGAAGAAGUUGCAGCAGCAACAGCAGCAGCAGCCACCACAGCCGCCUCCACCGCCACCACAGCCUCCCCAGCCUCAGCCAGGUCCUCUGAGAAGUGUCCCGGAGCCCUUGAGUCCGGUGUCUUCCCUGCAAGCCUCAGUGCCUGGCUCUGUCCCUGGGGUUCUGGGGCCAACUGGGGGGGUGCUAAACCCCACCGUCACCCAGUGACCCACAGGGGUCUGCGGCGGCAGAGCAAUUCCAGGCUGAGCCAUGAGGAGCGUGGACUCUGCUAGACUCCUCAGGAGAGACCCCUCCCCUCCCACCCACAGCCGUAGACCUACAAACCUGGCUCCCAGAGGAAAAAUGGGAGCCGGGAGUAAGACAAGUGGGAUUUGGGGCCUCAAGAAAUAUACUCUCCCAGAUUUUUACUUUUUCCCAUCGGGCUUUUUCUGCCACUGAGGAGACAGAAAGCCACCCCUGGGCUUCAUUCCGGACUGGCAGAAGCACUGCCUGGACUGACCACACCAACCAGGCCUUCAGCCUCCUCCCCAGCUCUUCUUUUCCUAGAUCGAUCUGCAGGCUGCACCUCUGGCUAGAGCUGAGGGGAGAGAGGGACUCAGGGGAAAGGCAAGCUUGAAGCCAAGAUGGCUGCUGCCUGCUCAUGGCCCUCGGAGGUCCAGCUGGGCCUCCUGCCUCCGGGCAGGCAAGGUUUACACUGCGGAAGCCAAAGGCAGCUAAGAUAGAAAGCUGGACUGACCAAAGACUGCAGAACCCCCAGGUGGCUUGCGUCUUUUUUCUCUUCCCUUCCCAGACCAGGAAAGGCUUGGCUGGUGUAUGCACAGGGUGUGGUAUAAGGAGGUGGUUAUUGGACUCCAGGCCUGACCAGGGGGCCCGAACAGGGACUUGUUUAGAGAGCCUGUCACCAGAGCUUCUCUGGGCUGAAUGUAUGUCAGUGCUAUAAAUGCCAGAGCCAACCUGGACUUCCUGUCAUUUUCACAAUCUUGGGGCUGAUGAAGAAGGGGGUGGGGGGAGUUUGUGUUGUUGUUGCUGCUGUUUGGGUUGUUGGUCUGUGUAACAUCCAAGCCAGAGUUUUUAAAGCCUUCUGGAUCCAUGGGGGCAGAAGUGAAAUGGUGAAGGGAAGUGGGGAGUAUUUGAACACAGUUGAAUUUUUUCUAAAAAGAAAAAGAGAUAAAUGAGCUUUCCAGA